CGAUCGCACGUGUCUAUUUCUGCCAUCUUAACGGCAUUCGAGCCAAAAUGCGCGAAAUUUAAAUAUUUAAAUCUAACGUUUAGUUCAGUGUUUACAUACUUUUUGUUCGAUUUGGAAGUGCAAGGAUAAUGUUCGUUUGUCUGCUGUUUUGGAUUUUGUGAAUCUUUAGGGAGUGCGAAGUGGUCGUUAAGGAGUUGAAAUUUAAUAUUUGGACAGGAUCAUUGAUGUGAAAAUGACGUCGGAUAACGGACUCAAUUCUCAGAGGGUGUUCAAGAAGUCGUCCCCCAACAACAAACUGACUGUAUACCUCGCGUCCCGCGACCUGGUGGUGGAAAAUGGCAGCAUUGACAAGAUACAGGGUGUACUGCAUGUGGACGCUGAGAAUUUGACCAAUAAGAAGCUCUUCGGACAAAUUACACUUACUUUCAGAUAUGGUCGAGAGGACGAAGAGGUGAUGGGACUAAAGUUUUGCAAUGAAGCCAUAAUGAGCCUCGCUCAAAUAUGGCCGCCGCAUUGCAAUCAUGAGAGAGAACCAAACACACCGCUUCAGGAUGCACUAAUAAAACGUCUAGGAUCCAACGCGUUUCCCUUCCACCUGGAACUAACGCCGCUCGCACCGCCCAGUGUGCAACUGGUACCAGCGAAGCAGUACCAUGGUGCACCCAUUGGCACCUCGUAUGAUGUACGGGCUUAUAUUGCGGAACGAGCAGACGAGAAGAUAUCCCGUCGCAACACAGUGCGCAUGGGGAUCCGUGUGCUCCAGGGCGCGGGCAGACCGCAGCGCCCCGCGCUCCCGCCCGCGCCGCCGCACACCCUCAGCGCGCUUGCUCACCACAAUGUGCUCAGGCUCAAAGCAAAAACGAAGUUGGAACCAGACCACAGUCGAAUGACAAGCGAAGAAAUAGAGAAUAUGGAGCCGACGCCACCUCGGGCCUCCGUGGAAAAGCCGUUCCUACUAUCUGACGGGAGGGUGGAACUAGAAGCCUGGUUGGACAAGGCGACGUACUCCCACGGCGAAGCUGUGAACGUCAGUGUGGUGAUUGCUAAUCAUUCAUCGAAAACCAUCAGGCGGAUAAAGGUCCUCAUAAUCCAGCAUGUGGAUGUAUGUAUGUUCUCCAACGGAAAGUUCAAGAACGUAGUCGCUCUGCUGAGAGGGGACGGCACUCCGAUAUUACCGAACCAAACCCACAAGGACACGUACUCCCUGACUCCAUAUAGAGGAGUUACCAAAAAUUGGAUAGCACUUGAAGAUUCCUACUCAAAAUCUGGCGCCAGCCUGGCUUCAACAGUUCUAUGCAACCCAAAUUCGCCUGAAGAUCGCAACGUAUUCGCUAUUUACGUAUCAUACUACGUAAAAGUAAAACUCACUCUUGGCCCCAUUGGUGGAGAAGUGUCCGUGAAACUGCCAUUCACACUCACACACUCAUGUAUCAACGAAGCCCCAACCGACAGCGUCAUAGAAGAAGCGACACACAAAAUGAUACUCGAAGGCAAAGAGAACAGCGAAGAAGACGAAAGCAAAGCAGAAGAAAAGGAUAAACAGAACAACAACCGUGAUGGCACACAGAACACCGCCUUCGAGGACGGCGAAGAGAAAUCACCAGAAGAUCAUCGAUGUAUAGCCGACGUUCUUGUGAAUAUUGAGAAUCAAAUAGACAGACCAGUCAAAGUAACUGGGCAGCGAGAAAUACCAACAGUGAAACGUAAUGACGAAGAAUUGGAUCUCAUAGAGAAAUAUCCCGGUUCUGAUACGUGAUCCGACGAUGAGUUUGUUGACACUAGGCAGGGUGAAAAGACUGAGUCAGAGCACAUGAUCAACGCUAUACAGGCUUGUAAAGUUGAGGUCCAAAUGCAUAGAGGUGGUUUUGCGGAGAAUUUAAAGAGAGCCGUGUGUUGUAUAGAUCGACGCCGGCAAUCGUAGUAAGUCAGUAGUUAGUGUAGUAUUGUAUAUUUCUAGUGUGUAUGAUGUUUUAUUUGUUAAUACUGUAUUUAUAUUGCUGGAAAUCAUAGUAUGUUAAUUAUGUAUAUUUAAAAGUAGUAAUUUAAGAUGUUUCCUUCAUUACAUUAUAUAAUGCACAGUCAACAGAAAUUAAUAAUGUAUUGUAGAUAAAUUUUGAUAUACCUAAUAAGAGUAAGAGCCUUUGUAUAUCUUUCCUCAAUGUUUCAGAUAAAUUAUAUUUAUGAUAAAAAUCUACACUGAUUUUGUGACUAUACUCAAACUACGAUAUCACUGAAUUUACUAAACUUACACAACAAGGUCACUUGCUUUAACUCUCACUAAAUGGACUCAUUAGAAUUCAUGUUUCAGUUCAGUGAUUACAAUUUUCACUUAACGGGCUUUUAGUCAAGAUCAACAAAUUUCUAAUUUGUCUUUAGUUUUAACAUAAACAGUCAGUAUACAUUCAUCAGUAUACUAAUUUUGGAAACUUCUUAAACAACAUCCUCUAUUUGUUUCAAAACUUCUAACACUUACAGAUUGUCAAUUAUACGGACAAUUCGAAUAUAUUUUUGAAAUGGUAGUUUAAUACGUUAUUCGAUGAAUGAGUUUUAACCAAGGAUUGAAAAAUCAGCCCUAAGUGUAACCUUUUAUCACAGAAUACAUAAUAGUAGCUAAACGCUACAGAACGGACACUCUACGCCUCCCGCCAAAAUUAAACACUUACCUCACCCCGCACGAUCAGCCUAAAAAUGGUCCGCAUUUUUCUACAAGGACGAUACGCAACGAAGAUUGACAACAUUAAUCAAAUUGACUUAAAGUAAUUUUAUUAUUUUGGAUUUGUGAUUAU